AGGUCCGGGGCACUGCAGAGGAUGGAAUUGGAGAACCUCACUGUGAAGACUGAGUUCUUUCUCUUGGGAUUUAGUGAGCAUCCAGAACUCUGGAGGGUUCUUUUUGCUGUGUUCCUUUUUAUCUACUCUGUUACCUUAAUGGGGAACCUAGGGAUGAUGUCAUUAAUCAUGACCAGUUCCCAUUUGCACACCCCUAUGUACUUUUUCCUCUGCAUACUGUCCUUCGUUGAUGUAUGCUACUCCUCCGUCAUUGCCCCCAAAUUACUUGCAGACCUGGUUUCCGAGAAAAAGACCAUUUCUUACAAGGGUUGUGCUGCACAGUUAUAUUUUUUCUGUUCUUUGGUUGACACAGAAUCUUUCCUCUUGGCUGCCAUGGCUUAUGACCGGUACAUAGCUAUCUGCAACCCACUGCUUUACACUGUUAUUAUGUCCAAGAGGCUUUGCUGCCAGCUUGCGAUUGGAGCAUUUUGGGGGGGUACCAUGAGCUCAAUUAUUCACACUACAAAUACCUUCCAUCUGUCUUUCUGCUCCAAAGAAAUUAAUCAUUUCUUCUGCGAUAUCUCCCCACUCUUCUCUCUGUCCUGCACUGAUACUUACAUGCAUGACAUUGUUCUGGUAGUUUUUGCUGGUUUAGUGGAAGCUAUCUGUCUUCUAACAGUUCUUCUCUCUUAUGUCUGCAUCAUAGCAGCCAUUCUUAAAACAGGUUCUGCUGAAGGAAGAAGAAAAGGGUUCUCCACUUGUGCCUCCCAUCUGACUGUAGUCACUAUUUACCAUGGUACCCUCAUUUUUAUUUAUUUGCGCCCCAGCGCUGGUCAUUCGCUGGAUAUUGACAAAGUGACCUCUGUGUUCUAUACAUUGAUUAUACCUAUGUUGAAUCCCUUAAUUUACAGUCUGAGGAACAAAGAUGUCAAAAAUGCCUUUAGGAAAGUGAUCAGCCGAAAAUUGCUUUCUUAA